AUGUUUUUUCCCAAUAUUUUAACAGUUUAUUUCUCCCUUCUUGUCUGUCUUCAGGUAGUGCUUUCUUUUGAUUUUUUCUUUCUUCUUUUUCUCUUUCUUUUUUUCCUUUAUAUCAUAUUCUCUUCGGCAUUUCUUCUUUCUUUCUCUUAUCAUUUACGUUUCAUUUCCGUUGAUUCUGAUAUCAUUAUCUUCUUUGCAGUUCCUUUUUUCUUUUCUUUCUCUUCUCUUUAUUUAUAUUUAUCAUUAUCUCUUCAUUAUUUCUUCUUUCUUUUAUUUGUCAUUUACCUUUUCACUUUUCUUUAUUUCUUUCUUCUCUUUCUCUUCCGUUCUUUAUUUUAUCAUUUACCUUUAGAUUUUCUUUUUUUUUCUUUUUCUCUUUCUGUACCCUUUACUUCUUUUACCAUUUUCCAUUCAGCAUUUCUUCUUUCUUGCUUUCUUUCUUUUAUCAUUUACCUUUUCAUUUUUCCCUCUUUUUUCCUCCGUUUACAUUUCUUUAAUUCUUUUAUCAUUUACGAUUUUCAGUUUUUCUUCUCUUCUUCUCUAUCUUAA